AACAAAGAUGGGAAUGCCACCUUUUUCACUUGAUUUCUUGUCAACAAAGAUGGGAAUGCCACCUUUUUCACUUGAUUUCUUGUCAACAAAAAGAUCAAAUCUCCAGAGUUUCCUUCAAUCGGUGACACCCAUUGUCCCUUCAAAACCUUUACCAAAGAGUAACAUGGAUGAUCAAAGUAGCAUAUGGAAUCCAAUUAGUGAUGAAUAUUUCACACUUAAAGAUUUGUGGGAUUGCUAUGAAGAAUGGAGUGCAUAUGGUGUUGGUGCUCCUAUUUGUCUGAAAAAUGAUGAUGAGACUGUUACUCAAUAUUAUGCUCCUUACUUAUCUGCAAUCCAAAUUUACACAGUCAGACCACCUUCCUCACUAAUAAGAAACUCAUCUGGAGAUCAUGAUGUGGAUGUUGACAUGGAAUGUUGGAGUGAUGCAAGUGACAACAGUGACAAGCUCUCGAGGUCUUUAAGUAACAACUCUGUUUCUGUAGAUUCAUGUUUUGAGCUCGAAACUCCAAGAGAUCGUCUUGGCUAUCUCUAUUUUCAAUUUUCUGAGACAUGCUCUCCUUUUUGGAGGAUUCCCUUUGCAGAUAAGAUCAUUGAAUUUGCUCAGACCUAUCCUGGACUCGCGACACUAAAAAGCACUGAUUUGUCUGCUGCAACUUGGAUGGCUGUUGCUUGGUAUCCAAUCUACCAUGUUCCCAUGAAAGGAAUUACUAAAAAUGUUUCGGCAAGCUUUCUCACUUACCAUACAUUGUCAUCAUCUUUCCAAGAUGCUGCAGAAGAGAAUUUUGAUAAUGAAACUGGUAAAGAAAAGAAGGGUGAGAGGGGAAUCCGUCUUAGUCCCUUCGGUUUAGCUGCAUACAAGAUGCAAAAUGAUGUAUGGCUAAACACUGAUACAUAUGAAGACUAUGAAAAGUUAAGUGAUCUUCAGAGUGCUGCAGAUUCAUGGCUGAAACAGCUUUCCUUUCAACACCAUGAUUUCAAUUUCUUCACUUCACAUGCUAACAUGGAGCUUGGUUUCUCAUUGUGAACUUGGUCACAGCCUAGGACAUCAUUAUUGCUAUGUUUUUCAGAUGGUUUUCUCCAAGAAACUGAAAUAUUAUGGUAUCCUCUUGCUUAUUUAUCUGGUUUUCUCCAGGAAACUGAAAUUGAUGAACCCUCAUCUAUUCAUAUGAAAAUACCUUUGAUGGCAGGAAAUUGUUAGCUAGUCCAAGACUAUACUUUCCUUUAUGGGUGUGUUUGGUAGGAAGGAAAAUGUUUUCUUGAAAAAUAUUUUUCUAGAAAAUAACAGGUGAUUUUACUUAUUUUCUUGUAUUUGAUAUGUAAAUAGAAAAUAUAGUUUCAAAAGCAUUUGUAUCUAAUCUUGGCAAACACUAUGGGAGUUGGGAUAGGGGGUAGGGUGUGGAGGGUGGAGGAGGUGGGGAUGGAGGCGAAGGCUAUGAGGGUGGAGUGGGUGGAGUAUGCUGGAGGGUGAGAGGGGCAAUCAAUAUGGAAUGUCACUUGUAGAAUUUGUUUUCUCUAUUUUCAUUAGCAAAUCAUUUUUCUUAUUUUUAUAGAACUUGUUUGCCUACCAAUCACACCUCCAUUUGGGAGAAUUCCAACCUUAUAAUAAAAC